UGGGUAAUAAAUUCCCGGAAAUACAUCCCUGCCGAGAAUUUUGGCCGUGAUUACGUGCGUACGUCCCGCCGCAACAUGGCAAUCAUACAGCGGUGUCUCUGCUGGAACAACACUCGCAGUGGGUCCGUGGCCUGCGGGGUUUACACGCUGGUCCUCUCCCUUAUCUGUGUGGCUGUGGAUGCCUGGGACAUAGCUGUGGUGCAGCAUCUGGAGAAAAAAUUUAAAGGACUGCAGAUUGUGUUCUUCCUACAGAUUUCAGUGUACCUGCUGGUGUCCAUCUUGUCUGUCAUACUGGUUGUAGGAGUCAACAAGGAUAAACCACUCAUGCUGCUGCCAUGGAUUGGCGGCUUCAUCCUGUUCAUGUGGUUCGAGCUGGCGACUGUCAUCUAUGUCCUGGUCUACGCUGGUAUGAGUGCCUUCAACAUCUUCACCAUCGUGUUCUACAUCUUGCGGAGCUUGUUAAACGUGUACUGUGUGCUGUGUGUGAUCUCCCAGUACCAGGAGCUGCGUGCGGGGCGGGGCAGGCUGCAGGACAUACAGCAGCAGGUGGUACAGCAGCAGCAGGCGGACCGUCGCCAGCCCCCGCAGGGCGCCAGGCAGCCCGGCAUCGUCAUCGUGGAGGCCGGCCCCGCCACCAGACCCAUCACACAGUACCAGCGGACACGUACUGCCGCUCCCAGGCAGCCCAGCGGCGUGGCACAGCCUCUCCAGCCUGCAGCCGCCUACCCUCCGCUCCCCCCACCCCCCUACAUGGCAGGACCCCCCGGCGGACCUGCACCCCCUCCCUACUCCUACUUGUACCCUGCACCCUCCCCCGAUGGGGACAAGAAGGAAGAGGGGCCUCCCCCCUACACAGAGCAUGGACCAGAUCGAGACCCCCCCAAGUCGUAAGAAGUAGACUGUAUGGUUGU